GUUUUAUUACUGCUUCUCAAUUAUUUCAACAACAACAACAUUCAUUUGAAAUAAAAGAAGAUUUAACAAAUGUUUCAUCAAAAAUUCCGCAAGUUAAUAUUGAAAAUGUUAAUAUUAAAAAUUGCAAUAAUGUUAAAGUAGAGGUUAUUUUUAAAGCACUAGAAUAG